AAGAAGCAGUGCCGCGUGGCAUAAAGAAAAACGAGCACCGAUUUAUAUUUUUAUAGCAAGUCAUUUGGUGCAGAAUUUAGGACAAAUUGUAUGUUACAUUUGGAAUAUACAUAACGAAAGGAAAAUGUCAAGAUUGUUAGGCAGAACGAAACAAAUAAUGGCGGCAGUGUUCACUAAUUCAAAGGGUUUCGAUCGCCAUGCAAAACCUGUUGAACUUGUGUCGAUUACAGAUAAUGGUAAAGCAAAAUUUCAGUGGACUGUUGACGAGUCACAAGUCAAUGGUUUAAAGACCUUACAUGGAGGGUUUACUGCAUUUAUUGUUGACGUUACAACAACGGUUAUGUUAAUAACCCUUGGUAAAAACAGACCAGGUGUUAGCAUUGAACUGAAUGUUAGUUAUAUGAAGCCGGCUCGAAUCGGUGAAGUUGUCACUUUGGAAACAGAAUGCAAAAAGUUGGGAUCUAGCCUGGCAUUUACAGAAGCCGUUAUUAAAAACAGUAAAGGUGAUUUGUUAGCUACAGCAAAACACACAAAAUAUGUUGGCGACCUUGAGAAAAAGCAAUAGCUUUUUUAUAUUUGAACUUUAAAGUAAACUUAAAUUUGUGUGGUCACAACGUGAAACCUUAUUGAUACAGUCUUUCUUUUGAGCUUUUAUGUAUAUAUUAUUAUAUUACGAAAAUGUUUUAUUUCAGCUUCUGUCUGAUAGAUUUUUUAAUUAUUAUAAACGACGACUAAUAUCUAAUUUUUGUUUUCUUAAGUAACAAAUUUUGUACAGAACGUGAUAUAUAUAUACAAAUAUGUGCGUCUCGUGUGUCUCGCUUAUUCAGUUUUCGACAGUUUUUUUGUCACAAUGCUGUUAAAUUAAAACGUUUAUUUAAUUACAAAUUUAGCAUUUUUGAAAAUUUCAGAACUUAUUAACUUUUGAAGGGUCAUUUAUGUAUCCGCCAUUAUGGAAUUUUUAUAGAAUUUUCGUAGAGAUUUCGCGAUUGGUGUCCUGUCCAUUGUCCUUUUAUUUUAUAUUCUGUAAAGAUUUAAUUUUUUAAAAUAUGAUAAUAAGUCGUGAAACUUGGGAAAACUAAUCUUGUUACGGUGUAGCUAACAAAAACGAAAGGAAAGCCAAAAUUUGUUUCGUUCAUUCUGAAUAUAUUUUUAUACACAUUUUUGUCCAGUCUUACUCUUUCGUAAUGGAGAUUUUGUAAAAACAUACAGAACCUGACCUCUGUCUUAUACCUUCACAAUGCUUUUCAGCAAAAGGCAAUUAAUUUUGUCAUAAUUGGAUAUAUUGCAGUUGAAAUUAUCUAUACAAUCUCACACCUCGUGUUUUUUUCCUGUUUCUUACAUUCACAAAAUUUGGAAGGGAAGAUAUAGGACUAAGGAAGCUCUAAACGUUAAUCAUACGAACUAAAAGUUUAUUUCUUCGGAUAUUUGGCGAGUUUUUCCAAUUUCGCGAAAUUCGCAAUAAUUAAUAUUUUUUCCUGUUUGAAAACUUUUUUAUUUAUUUUUUGAUGUACAUAGAACUACAUAUAAUAUAAAAGUGAAUUUCAACUUCACCUUACGCCCUUUAAAAAAUGUAUAAAUGGAGAAACAAAAUAUCAUCAAAUAUCAUCAAAUCCUUACGCCCUUGAAAAAAAGUAUAAAUUUAGAAAGAAAAUACCAUCAAAUUUUUUAUUCGCGAAUUUUGCAAAACAUUAGGACUUAUCAACUUGAAAAAAUAGUCCUGGCUGAUAAAUAAAUUUUAUUUUCAAAAAAAGAAUUAAUUCUCUUAAGUAUUCUUUUUGACUGGUUUUUCCUAUUACUUUGAACAGGUAGUUAUGUAAAAUUAUAUUUUUGGGAAUUUUGUAUUUAUUCAGAUAAAAUUUUAUGGUUUUAAAACUUCAUGCACUCUUAGUAUAUGUCUCCUUUAACAUAGCAAGUUUGUGA